AUGUUACACUUUCGGUCCACGGUAGUGCUGAAAGAGUUCAUCCAGCUGAGCGGGAGAGCCGGUGUUAAAGCGACACCUGCAGCCGGUUUCAGCACCGUCCGCCCGGACUGGAGGUCACCGGGGGGAGGGAGGGUGUUCGCCGGGUGGAGAGCCCCGCAGCAUCUCACAGGAACGCCUGGAUGGAGAUGGUUUUGCUCCAAAGGCGACGGCCAAAAUGAAGCAGCCAAGGACGCCUCAGCAGAGAAGAGAAGGAAGGCCGGCAUCCUGCCCAGCCUGGAGGACCUGCUCUUCUACACCAUCGCUGAGGGCCAGGAAAAAAUCCCUGCACACAAAUUCACCACAGCUCUGAAAGCAACGGGACUUCGUACAGGAGACCCCCGGCUGAAGGAGUGCAUGGAGAUGCUGAAGGUGACUCUGAAGACCACGUCGGACGGAGCGCUAGACCGACACCUCUUUAAGAAGUGUGUCCAGAGCAACAUCGUCCUCCUCACCCAGGCCUUCAGGAAGAAGUUCGUCAUCCCAGACUUCCAGUCCUUCUGCGCUCAUAUUGAUGAUCUCUAUGACAACGCCAAAAACCUGCCUGGAGGCCAGGUGGCGGACUACAUUCCCCAGCUGGCCCGCUUCAGUCCUGACCUGUGGGCUGUGGCUCUGUGCACCGUGGACGGACAAAGGCACACCGUCGGCGACACCAAGGUUCCCUUCUGUCUGCAGUCCUGCGUCAAGCCGCUGAAAUACGCCAUCGCCGUCCACGACCACGGCACCGAGUACGUUCACCGCUUCAUCGGCAAGGAGCCCAGCGGCCUGAGGUUCAACAAGCUCUUCCUGAACGAGGACGAUAAACCCCACAACCCCAUGGUCAACGCCGGCGCCAUCGUCUGCACCUCCCUCAUUAAGCAAGGGGCCAGCAACGCUGAGAAAUUUGAUUACGUGAUGAACUUCAUGAACAAACUGGCAGGGAACGAGUAUGUGGGCUUCAGCAACGCCACCUUCCAGUCUGAGCGCGAGUCUGGAGACAGAAACUUUGCCAUCGGCUACUAUCUGAAGGAGAAGAAGUGUUUUCCAGAGGGGACUGACAUGACCUCCAUCCUGGACUUUUACUUCCAGCUCUGCUCCAUCGAGGUCACCUGUGAGAGUGCCAGCGUAAUGGCGGCGACGCUCGCCAACGGAGGCUUCUGUCCAAUCACAGGAGAGCGUGUUCUGAGCCCUGAGGCGGUGCGAAACACUCUGAGUCUGAUGCAUUCCUGCGGCAUGUAUGAUUUCUCCGGACAGUUUGCUUUCCACGUGGGUCUGCCGGCUAAAUCCGGAGUAGCCGGUGGGAUUCUGCUGGUUGUUCCCAACGUGAUGGGCAUCAUGUGUUGGUCUCCUCCGCUGGACAAGCUGGGCAACAGCGUGAGAGGCAUCCAGUUCUGCACGGACCUGGUUUCUCUGUGUAACUUCCACAACUACGACAAUCUGAGGCACUUUGCUAAGAAACUGGAUCCUCGUAGGGAGGGGGGAGACCAGAGGGUGAAGUCGGUCAUCAACCUGCUGUUUGCAGCGUACACUGGAGACGUGUCGGCUCUGAGGAGGUUUGCGCUGUCCUCCAUGGACAUGGAGCAGAGGGACUACGACUCCAGGACGGCGCUCCACGUUGCAGCUGCUGAAGGACACGCGGAGGUGGUUCGAUUCCUGCUGGAGGCCUGUAAAGUCAACCCGGUACCCAGAGACAGGUGGGGGAACACGCCGAUGGACGAGGCCGUGCACUUUGGCCACCACGACGUGGUGACCAUCCUCCGGGAUUACCACAACCAGUACAGCCCCCAGGACAGCAGCCCUGACAAGCAGAGCGCAGAGACCAACCUGGACGGCAUGCUGUGAGGGGACGGAGUGGACGGUGAGGACAGGAAGCAGGGGACGGAGUGGACGGUGAGGACAGGAAGCAGAGGACGGAGUGGACGGUGAGGACAGGAAGCAGGGGAUAACUGGAAGGAGCUUUCAGCUGAGAGAUGGUUCUGUAAAGAUGUAAAUAAUCUUUGUAAACCAAGUCAGCUGAUCCGAUGUGUAUUUGGGGGGGCUGCCCCAUCCCCCAUGACAAGACCCCCCCUGAAGGGGAAGUUCCCCCUCGUCCUCCUCACCCUGUCCAUCAGAGACAUUUCCAUGUUUUUUCUGGUCCUUCCUGAACCUCUGACUGGGUUUUAUUCUGAAGGGUAAAACAGGAAGUAGGAGUGUCGGCUUCCUGCCAGUGGAACCUUUGUGUGUGUGUGUGUGUGUGUGUGUGUGUGUGUGUGUGUGUGUGUGUGUGAGCAGAGGAAGAGGCUGUAAAUACGUCCAGGACUGUUAUAAAGGUGCCGUAUGUAACAUCAGUUCAGUGACAGAAAAAUGUCAUUAAAACAGUUUCUGUUGGUUUUUAUUCUCUUUAAAUCUUCUCAUCGUGGGUCCACUUACAUGCAGCUGCCACCAUCUUUCCUACGGUAGCUCUGAGUAGACAAACAUGAAAAUAUGGAGGAAUUUGUCCACUGACGGCCACCGUCUUUUCACAGCAUGUUGUGUCCUUCUCCGCCACUAGAUGGCAGUAAUUCUACACACUGCACCUUUAAACAGGCACGGCGCUGCCAGACCAUGAAGCUUUCAGCAGAAGGAAUCUUCCUCUUCCUCGUCAGCUGUUUCCUGUUCAGCCUGAUGACAGAGGUCUUCUGGUGGUUUCCAGAUGAACCCAGCUGACAGUCAGACCUCUUUGGGUUUAGGCUGUUGUAACUGCACCUGAACGCAUCAUGGACAAACUGCUGCAAACGCAGCACAGAACAGAUUCUAGACAUGAAGAAUGUCCUGGAUGGUCCUGGAUGGUCCUGGGUGGUCUUGGGUGCAGAAUGAAGCUGAUAAAAGUGGAAAUGGACGGUGGCAGGUAUAUGCAGCGAUCAGCUGUUCAUUCUGCUGCUGGAACAUUUUCUCAUGUUUCUGAUUUUAGUCUUAAGUGGUGUUAAAGUUGUGGAUUAAAGUUGUGGAUUAAAGUUGUGGAUUAAAGUUCUGGAUUAAAAUCUUCUGAACUGGAAACAGGUGGAUUAUUUAACUUAAUUUAUGUGAUUUCUGCUUGAAUUUCAGAUUUGAACUAAAACAGAAAAAUCUGGAAUUUUUCCUCUGCUGAGGUUUUAUGUGAGGAUGGAAAAGCUUUGUGGUGAGUGUGUGUUGGUGUGUGAUGAGUUCGUGGACACUCAGGAAGGGUUGGGGAUGACAGAUUUACCCCAGAUUGUCUCACUUGUGCACACGUUUUGUGAUGUUGGAAGUUUCUGGAGGAUCAGCAGGAAGAUUUCAGAUUCCAGGUCGGACGUCUGCAACGUUCCCUCAGCCAGCAAUAAAAGAGAAAUGAUUGUAGGGAGGAGACAGACCCUGUCCCGGUCCAGUCUGAUGGUGUCCCGGUCCGGUCUGAUGUGUCCUGGUCCGGUCUGGUGUGUCCUGGUCCGGUCUGAUGUGUCCUGGUCCGGUCUGAUGUGUCCUGGUCCGGUCUGGUGUGUCCUGGUCCGGUCUGGUGUGUCCUGGUCCGGUCUGAUGUGUCCUGGUCCGGUCUGGUGUGUCCUGGUCCGGUCUGGUGUGUCCUGGUCCGGUCUGGUGUUUGUGCUGCUGAUUCUGAAUGUAACGUGUUUGCUGUCGUUCUUUCUUCUUCAUGUGUAUUUGACAGAUAUUUAUUUACUCAUUAAAAACUUUAAUGUUUA